GUAGUACACGAGCUUGUUAGAAGUUUGAUUUGAUAGACUGUCAUAUCAUAGCAUUGCCAGCGCCAUUGAAGACGGUCAGACCCUCUGGAACUUGAAACACCCUCAGCCCUUACAGCCCUCACCAGCUACAGAUUAAAGAUGGGUUCAGGUCGUUUUUCUCUUAUUCUCCAUAACAUCUACUCGACUCUUUUUCGACCACCAAUGUCUCGUCCAAAAGACAUCGUAGGCCUAUUCCAGCCCGGACUUUUUGGGCCAGUGGGACCUGAGUCAUGGGGAUCCAUUCUUCUCCUGGUCGACGAAACUUCACGAUGCUACAUCGACCGUAUUGUGUUCUGUAAAUGCAAAAAAGACAAGAAACAUGAGUUCUUGUUGAUUCACGUUCGUCGUCACACCAUCACAGGCGCUCAAAAAGCGUUUAUAGUCGUCGACCGCGCACCUCGCGCACCGGAAGGCAACAAUGCAUCUGUUCAGUCACCACCUGCCUCGGGCAUUGCAUCUCCUUCGGUUUCUGAUACUACUGCCGAUGACCGCGUAUCUACCUGUAUGGAGAAUGAUAAAGAAUUUGGAAAUCUCACUGCAAAGUAUAAACCAUACGCGACACUUUGCGAACUCGACUUUCUUCCCUCCGUUGAAAAUCAUUUACCACCUUCCGUUCGGCAACUAUCCGUCCUUUUGACAGUUGUCAACCAUCACGCUCCCCUCUACAAUCUUUAUGAGCACCAGUGCUACUGGUUUGCCAAUACUGUGUUCGACAUGUUGAAGAAACUAUUUCCAAAUGCAGAGGAGAAGUGUACUUCACACGACAUACGCGGCAACUAUCACGGGUUGAAAUUCGACCAUCGUAACAGUAUAGAGACGAUAACUGAAGAAUAUGACAGGUCAUGGAUCGAGGCGUGUAACAGGGUGAGGGAGGAACGGAUAAAACAAGAAGAAACUCGACGUAAACAUGUUGAAGAUGGGAUGAAGAUAGGUGAAGAACGCGGGAUAAAGAUAGGUGAAGAACACGGUCGUGCGGAACGAGAGCAACUCAAGGCUGAAAUGGAACAACAGAAGGCUGAAAGUGCCCGACGCGAGGCUGAAAAACAGGCUGAAUUGGACCAACUCAAAGCGAGAAUGCAUGAAGACGAAAACCGUCAGUCUGACAACGCGGCAGUCGCAGCCUGAAGAAGAGAUGGAAAGUUUGUUCUCCUAGCCAGGACGACAGCAAAGCUGUCAAACAUGCAAUAUCUUUCCUAUUAUCUAUUUUCACGGAGCAGAGCGUCUAUUACUCGUCAUCCAUGUCUAUGUAUAUUCUAGUACACUGUUUCAGGGGUAAGUACCAUGCCGGGCGUCUACUGUAGUUAUUUCAUCGUGACGGUUCGGCGGUUCCAAAGCGGAUAGUUUGGUGCGAUAGUGCCACUGUACUCAGACUCUCAUGCUGCUAUGUUGUAACGAUCCCCAGAUAGUUGCCAAAUGAUUAUGGAGAAUGUCGCUGCGAA